GAGCUAGCUAACGAGCUAGCAGAGCUAGCUGUUCAAUAGCUUUUAGCGCCGCAAUGGAUCCAUAAAGGAAGGUAGGCCCGGCUCACAGCAGCAGCCUCUCAUUCACGCCCUGUUUGCUCUCUGAAUGGACUCCAGGUGGGUUAAAGUGUUGGAUCUGUGGGCUCGGUUCGGCACGCCGCUGCUCGGGAGCUACAUGUAGGCGCUGAGGGGCUCCUCAGAUGGUUCCGAUCAGCUGAGGUCCACUCUUAGGUUGUGCUGGCUUCACUGCGGCUGUGGUUCUGUGAGCAGAGCGGGGGUGUGCGGCUUUGUGCCGGCUGGAGGCCCUCAGGCUCACAGCCAGCUGUGUGGAGCUGAAACAUUUCUGUAUUUUUGUCAUUCGACUCGGACCGUGACAGGUGUGUUAACGGUGAUGACGUUUCUGCCUCCGAACCUCUUUAUUUCAGGUUCACGCGCCUCAGCUCUGGGUUAGGGUCACCUGAGGAGCCAGAACAGCCUCACCUGGCACAUUGCAAAGUGAUGAAGUUAAACCACCGGGUCUGUGGGUCAGGGCCUUUCUGAGCAGUUGACUCACCUGCAGGUUGCUGUUCAAGACCCUGUACAGACGAAACAAACAGCCUGACUAAGCUCAUUUUAAAAAAAACAUCUGUUUGUUCCAAAGCAGAUGUUUGUAGAGACUGAGCACAGCUGGUAUCAGUCUGCACAUUACUCUUUAUGAGAGGAGCACAGUGACACACAGAGACAGACUCUACGCCCUCAGAACUGAAGCUGUGCAGUCUUGUGUGUCUCAGAGUACAAAUACUGUGGUAAUUACUGCACCAACAGUAUCUGUGGUAACAGGAUAAUAAUAGAUCAAGAGGCUGGUACAUAAAAAGUGGGAUGAAGAAAGACGGGGGUACUGGGAGGCUAGGAAAGACUUACAGUGAGCUGUAUGAGAGGGCUAGACACCAAGGAUGGAGAGAAGGACUGGUAUUGAUUGGCUGGGCACAGAGAUGGAGCUGGAAAGGAUGUGCAGCAGGUUGGAGUAAUUAAGGACAUGGAUGCAGACUACUAAUGAGUGGUACUUGCAAUGGAAUGGAUGAAAGCUAGUUAGUGAACCAGGAAGUGCAGAGGAUUAGUGAGGAGGAUGGGGAAAGGUGGUUGGUCCUAAUGACAUACCUGUGCAGGUGUGGAGAUAUCCAGGAGAGAGGGCAGUGGACUUUUUAACCAGGCUGUUUAACACAGAAGAAGUGUGCUGGUCCUGAAGAACAGGCAGAGCUGAACUGCAGAGGGAUGAAGGUGAUGAUGAAGAUGUGAGAAAGAGAUGUAGAAGCUGGGUUAAGAAGAGAACUGAUGAUCAGUGAGCAGUAGUGUGGCUUCAUGCUCUACAGAUGUGAUGUUUGCUUUGAGUGUUGAUGGAAAGUUUAGAGAAGGUCACUGUGGUGCUGCACGAGGACGUAUGUGAGGGCAGUGCGGGACAUGUAUGAGGACAGGGAGACAGUGGUGAGGUGUGCGGUCGGAGCGAUAGAUGGGUUGAAGGUGGGGGUGGGAUUAUGUCAGGGAUCUGCUCUGAGCUGCUUCCUGUCUGCAGUGGUGCUGGACAGGCUGACAGGAGGAGCAGGUGGAGGUAUCCUCUGAAGGUGGUGGAAGGAGCCGAGGUAAUGAGGGUUUAAGUUUGGUCGACCAUCCAAAGAGAGUGCAGGCAGGGUGGAGCGGGUGGAAAUGUGUGACGGAAGGAUAACAGCAUCAGUGAAAGGAAAGGUUCAAAGGUGGUGGUGAGGAAGCAGCAAAAGUCCCUGCAGAAUGUCUCCAGCUUCCUGUCCGGGUCAGGGCUCGGCACGUUCCUCUUUUCAGUAGUGUAAUCUAAGACUUUACAUCAUAAUUUUGUAGGUGGCGCUCUGGAGCGUGUGAUGCCAUAAAAUAUGAGGUUUGAGCAGUCCUGACUGAAGUGUUUUCUUACCAUGUGUGAUUUUCAGCACAGUUAGAUUUAAAUGAUCUCCACCUGUUGGUGCUGUGUGGCCUCCCUCGUCCUGCAGCUGCACGCACACCGUUUGGGUCAAAGUAGUUUUAAAUGGAAGCUCAGCUUCAGCAUCGUCAGUAAAGUGUUUGCAGCAGCUGUUCCAGCUGCAGGCGACCAGUGAAACCAGUGAAACCUCCCCAGCUGCUGAGAGAUGAUUCUGAUGUGUUCUGACAGUAAACUGAUCUUUACUGAAGCUCAGCUGAUGAAGGCCAUUUCACGAUGCAACCUUCAGUUCAGCCAUCGCCGCUGCUCUUCUUAUCAUUCAGAGAUUUAAUACGCCGAGUGAUGGAUUGAGAUCAGUCAGCUGAUAAAUCUGGGUUUGUGUGUGAUUGGCUCACUCCUGUUUUGUUUUUGUUUGAGUAAAUAAACCUUUAAGGCCAAAUUAUUGAAAUAUUUUUAUCAUAAUUUUGGUGAAUUUGAUGCAAAAAGUGUUGAAAUGAAAACCAUCACUGAUGAAUGAGUCCAGCUGACUUCAGACUAACAGCUGCUCAGUAAAACACAGCAGCUGAUGAUCGUUUUCAUUCUGACACAAAUUCAGAAAUUCAUGGUUCAGACAUUCCCAUCCAAACCCCGCCCCCUCGCUCUCCUGACCUCGACUUCGCACCACGGCGUCAUAGUAACCGUUUCUUUCAGCUCGAUUUAUUUCAGGUUGUCUUUCUCAGCCCAGACUCUGCAUGGCGUCGGAUUGGCAGCAGUGGGAGUGAGCAGCCAAUCAGCUGAGGACACCGGUAGCAUCAUGGCAUCUCGUCAGAGAAACUCUGUCCGGAUCCUGUCCAGCCGGGAGCGCGGCUCGCAGACCUUCGGCUCGCAGCGCCUCCUGCAGCUCCUGGUGGAGGAGAAAGUCCGCUGGAUGAAAUGGCAGAGUCAGAAGGUGGAGCUGCCGGACAGCCCUCGCUCAACGUUCCUGCUGGCCUUCAGCCCUGACAGGACCCUCAUGGCUUCGACCCAUGUCAACCACAACAUUUACAUAACAGAGGUGAAGACUGGAAAGUGCCUACAUUCCUUAGUGGGCCACCGUAGGACCCCCUGGUGUGUGACCUUUCACCCCACAAUUCCUGGCCUGGUGGCCUCUGGGUGCCUUGAUGGCGAAGUCCGGAUCUGGGACCUGCAUGGCGGGAGUGAGAGCUGGUUUACCGAGAGCAACGUUGCCAUCGCCUCCCUGGCCUUCCACCCGACUGCUCAGCUGCUCCUGAUCGCCACCAACAACGAGCUCCACUUCUGGGACUGGAGCCGCCCCGAGCCCUUCGCCGUGGUCAAAACGGGCAGCGACACAGAGAGAGUGCGGUUGGUGCGCUUCGACCCUCUCGGUCACAACCUGCUCACGGCGAUCGUGAAUCCAUCCAAUCAGCAGGGCGAGGAGGACUCGGAGGUUCCCAUGGACAGCGUUGAGAUGCCUCACUUCCGUCAGCGCUCCUUCCUGCCUUCCCAGCCAGUUCGCCGGACGCCCAUCCUCCACAACUUCCUCCACAUCCUGUCAUCCCGCUCCCCUGGGGCUCAGGCCGGAGGCGAACAGCAGCGGCCUCUCGGGGAAAACGGAAGUAACAUGGCCGAAUCUCCCAGCAUCCCUUUGGCCCAGUACCCCAGCUCGGAGCGCGGUCCGCCCCUGCCCGGCUGCACCCAGCACCUGGGCAUGGUGUGCAUGUGCAGUCGCUGCUCCGUCAGUCGAACGGCGCCCCAGCCAGACGGAGCCUCUGUGCCGCCGCCCGAUCCACGGGUGUCAUCGGACGCGCUCCAGCCUCCCCCGGCCUCCACAUUCUCCUCAGCUCGUACUGAGCCCCGACAGCCCUUGGAGCGAGCCUCCGCCUUUACCUCCGUCUACUACAGCGCCGGCGCUUCUCUUAACCCCGCCCCUCCAGGUGGCCACGAGCCGCACUCCACGCCCAGACCAGGACCCGACUGGACUCGCAACCUGCUGAGUGUGAGGGAGGGGGGGAUAAAUCCGGGCAUGCUGCCUCCCAGAACCUCCGCCUCCUCCUCCAUCAGCCUUCUGUCUGUGCUCCGCCAGCAGGAGGGCUCCUCUCACUCCCCCGUCUACACCUCCGCCACCGAGGGGCGGGGUUUCCCCCAGCAGGGCGAGCCCGGAGCCCGGGAUACCGCCAGCACAAGCAGCGGGCAUCACCCGUUCUGGGACGGUUCCCGUGGUAACACGGCCUCCUUCCGCAAUGUGCUGCAGUGCAACCUGAGCCGCUACUUCCUGGAGAUCGGCCCCAUCGACAUGGAGCCGGGGCUGGGCGGUGCCGUGGCCGACGGAGGCCAGGACCAGAGUCAGGAACUGCUCAACAACAACAUGGACCCGGACCGCCCCGGGCCUUCCUCAUCCUCCUCCUCCUCCACCCCUACCAUCAUCCACUACCAGCCUCCCCUCCCCCCACCCCCCAGCUCCCACAGCCUGGAGAACAAUGUCCCUCCCCCCGCCCCCCGAGGUCACCUGAACCGCUGCCGGGCCUGCCACAACCUGCUCACCUUCAACCACGACUCCCAGCGCUGGGAGCGCAAGACAUCCUCCGCCUCCACCUCUGCCUCCACCUCCAUGCUGGAGCCCCCUUCCUCCGCCUCCUCCUCUGCUUCUUUCCCUUCUCCUUCCUCUCACUGGCAGCCCGAUGAGGCCAGGAGGAUGCUCGAAGUCCAAACACAGGAGAGGAGGGCGCCUCCUGAGCCCAGCGAGCAGCCGCCUCCCCCAGCAGCAACGGUGGGAGGAGCAGGAGGAGUGGCCUUCCCUAUUGCCCCGUCCUCUAGCCAGCCCGGGGAGCAGACGGUGGGCCUGGUGUAUAACCAGGACACGGCGCAGUGGGAGCGGGUGUACCGGCAGGCUGCAUCAGGCCGGCCGGCGGAGCCACCGGAGGCCUUAAGCCAAGAAAUCCCUGUCGACCCCCCAGAUGAGGACUCCCUCAGGAGGCGGCUGCUGGAAUCGUCUCUCUUGUCGCUGUCUCGCUACGACAUGUCCGGCUCCAGAGACCACCCCAUCUACCCCGACCCAGCCAGGCUUUCUCCAGCAGCUUACUACGCUCAGAGGAUGAUCCAGUAUCUGUCGAGGCGCGACAGUAUUCGCCAGCGCUCGCUCCGGUACCAGCAGAACCGGCUGCGGGCCAUGUCGUCCUCCUCGUCGGACAGCCCGGCCAGCAACCCGCCCGGCUCCAUGGACAGCAGCGACGUGGACUUUGAGGAUCUCGACGAUAACAGUGACAGAACACGACACCGGACGCCUCGAAACGCCAGGAUGUCUGCGCCCUCGCUGGGCCGCUUCGUCCCUCGCCGAUUCCUCCUGCCCGAGUACCUGCCCUACGCCGGGAUCUUCCAUGAGAGAGGGCAGCCCGGGCUCGCCACACACUCCUCUGUCAACAGGGUGCUCGCAGGGGCAUCGAUCGGGGACGGUCAGUCUGCAGUUGCCAGCAACAUCGCCAACACCACGUACCGCCUGCAGUGGUGGGACUUCACCAAGUUUGACCUUCCUGAGAUCAGCAACGCCUCGGUCAACGUUCUGGUGCCAAACUGUAAGAUCUACAACGACGCCAGCUGUGACAUCUCUGCGGACGGGCAGCUGCUGGCGGUUUUCAUUCCCAGCAGCCAGCGCGGUUUCCCAGAUGAGGGCAUCCUGGCCAUCUACUCGCUCGCCCCCCACAACCUGGGAGAGAUGCUGUACACCAAGAGAUUCGGUCCAAACGCCAUCUCCGUCAGCUUGUCUCCAAUGGGCUGUUACGUGAUGGUGGGCCUGGCCUCCCGCAGGAUCCUGCUGCAUCCCACCACCGACCACAUGGUGGCGCAAGUCUUCCGCCUGCAGCAGCCACACGGAGGAGAGACGUCCAUCAGGAUGGUGUUCAACGUGGUCUACCCCAUGGCUCCGGACCAGAGGCGCCACGUCAGCAUCAACUCGGCUCGCUGGCUGCCAGAUCCGGGGAUGGGACUGGCUUACGGAACCAACAAGGGAGACCUGGUGAUCUGCCGGCCUGUGUUCUAUCGAAGCGACGGCGAGAGCCCCAGCGAGUCGAGCAGCGAGCCGCUGUUCAGCGUCAACAACAGCGGAACGAGCCGGAGCCGAGGCUCCGACAGGCCGGGGCCGAACCGCUCCAGCUGGAGGCUGGACAGAGACAUGGGACUGAUGAACGCCAUUGGCCUGCAGCCCCGACACCCCGCCCCUUCAGUGACAUCGCAAGGAACCCAGACGCCAAUCAUCCAGCUGCAAAACGCCGAGACUCAAACGGAGAGGGAGCUGUCGGAGCCGAGCGCCUCGCAGCCUGCUCAGAGUGUCCCUCCUGAAGCUCCGUCCACCAGUGGAGCAGCUCAGGCUCAGGUGGAAGUCCUGGCUGAAGCAGAGACCGGCACCUCCACCGCCGCUGCUGGAGAAUCUUCGGAGUUCGGGUCUGGCGAGGAUGCUCUGGCACGAAUCCGCCGGCUGAUCGCUGAAGGCGGCAUGACUGCGGUGGUCCAGCGGGAGCAGAGCACCACCAUGGCCUCGAUGGGUGGCUUUGGGAACAAUAUCAUCGUCAGCCACCGCAUCCACCGCGGCUCGCAGACAGGCGCCUCCAGGCCAACCGCCGAGCCCGUCGCCACGGCCCCCUCCACCUCUGGCCCGCUCCUAGUCACCUCGCAGCCCCAAUCCUACCUCCGCCCGGCGCCGCAGGCCACGAACCAGUCUGAACAGCUCGCUCCCGUCUGGGGCCCGCCGCCACCCGCGCUGUCUCUGGCCGUGGACGUGGACGAUGUGUUCGACGGUGGGCGGGCGGACGAUGACUCCUUGCCUGGUCCCUCCUCUUCCUCCCUGCUGUUGUCUUCCCCCUCCUCCCCCUCCUCCUCCUCCUCUCACAGCCCCCUCCCUGGUGGUGGCGGCCCCAACAGUUACCCCGGUGACCCAUACAGCAGGUAGUCCGCCUAUUGGCUGACGGUUAAGCGGGCUCCUCAAGGCCUUAUCUCACAAAAAUGGGUGCUGCUUCGACCCCACACAGGGUCUCCCACCUGGAAACGAAGGGACACAAAAUCCCCCCCCCCCCCCCUUCCCCCUACCUUUCUGUUGAGCGGCGUUGGCGCUCGUGAACCUGGACCGAAGCUGGACCGCCAUCAUUCCUCACAGGAGGAGCUCCUACUUGAACGUAGGCACGGAGCUCCUCCCCACCUGAUUCUCUCCCGGCACGACGGAGGUCGAGGUUCCUGACGCGCCGCGCCUGCGGAGGAGGGGGUGUUGCUUCUUUCACAUUUACUCCAACGUGCUGCGUUUGGUGCCAUGUGACGUUACCUUAGAUGUGAAAUAGUGAUUGAAGUGUUUGAACUCAGCACUACGUUUUUGUACUGUGUCACUGAUGCGUGUGCCUGAGGCGGGGCUCUGCACGGCGGCGUGGCGGUGAGAGAUUGCCAAUCACUGAACGCACAUGCUCGACUGAACAAACUGAAGCUCCUGCAUGUCUCGAAAUAAUGCUGCAGCUCAUCGAACACAUGUUUGUGUUUAAGGCUGAAGACAAGGAGAAUCACUUCCUGUUAGGGCAACGAGGGGGCGGAGAUUCACCUGCUCUGACCCCUCCCUACCCCUGCCAACCCCACCCAGCUGCACUACAGUGUGUUUGGUGCUAACGGAGGCGCGCGUGUGUGUUUGUGUGUGUUUGUGUGCGUGUGUGUGUGCGUGUUUGUGUGUGUUCUCACUGAAACCACAGUUUGUCUGUUUUUUGGGGGGGGGGGGGUGUUAGCUGUGCGUCUUUGCGUUUCCUGUCCGCCUCAUCACGUUUGGAUGUUUGCAUCUCAGAGCGGUCGUUUGUCUCUGUUCACGGUGAAGGUGUUGGGACUGCGAGGUGGGGUCUGCACGACGUGUUUAGCCAGUGGGGGGGGUUGGGGUUUCACGGGGGGGUGUGGUACAGUCCUAAACGAGCUGGGUGAAAGGUCUGUGGGUUUCGGCUCACGUGGGCGCCACACUGACCGAUGCUCUCAAUGUAGAAACGACACCAAAACGUUCCAGGAAGCUGCAGCGUUCGUCCUCGUGCGGGGACAAUGCUGCAGCGUGAGCGCUCCGACUUCUAGCUAUGACUCAGACACCGGAGAUCAGUCGUCUCUGUAAUGGUUUCAUCCAAACUCGCUGACUGGUGGACAUUCAGCAGCCUGUGUGGUCACUUCCUGCUGUUACUGACCAGGUGAUGAGUGGAUUUAUUAUCAUCAUCAUUAUUAUUAUUAUUAUGACUUUUUUAUUAAGGACGGAGAACUGCAGAUUGGUCUCCCUUAAAACUGUCGUCUUCUGUUAAACGACUAAAAUAAAGUCGAAGACUUGUUUUUUUUAUUUUUUCGGGGGGGAUUAAUGAGCCGAAGAGUCAAAAUAUGUGUGUUCAGUGGAAACACAGGUGUGCGUGUGUCUCUUCCACUACAGGAACUUGCUGUUGCUCGGUAACAUCCAAUCUAAACCCGCGGAUUUCACUCAGUGUUCUUGGACAGCCUGUUAGUGACCUCACAGCAGCCAUGUUGUUGGUCCAGAGGCCACACCCCUAAUAAUACAAACCCUUCUCUAAUUAAGACAGGUGAGUUAUAGAGCCCCGCCCCACAGGUGUUACAAAGAGGAAGUGAUGUAUAGAGACCAGAACAGUUUGUGUGUCAGGCUGUAAACGUGUUAAUUUCUGCUGUAGUGGGAGUGUGUGGGGACCGACUCGCUGCUGCGUCUGCUGGACAUCAGAGGAACUGCAGGUUUUGGCUUAGCCGUUGCUCCUCGGUGCAGCUCAUCUUGUUUGUAUAGAGAUUGUAGAGGACCGAGAACAGAACCCUGAGGAACACCUCGAGCACUUACGACACUUUAAAUGUCAGCUUUAAGAUUCGUGUCACCGAGCUCCUGUAGUGGAAGAUGUCUGAGUGGUGCCUCAACCCCCCCACCCCCACCCUGCAGAAGAAAACUUGAAUUUUUGUGAUCAAGCGCAACUUUUCCUUUUUGCAGCGUCCAGCUGUCCUUUUUGUUUCCACAUAUGCUUAGAAGUUCAUGUACUGAUAGCAUUUAAGGUGGGGGUGUUGAGUGGAGCUCUGGGAUUCAUGACACUUUUUAUUGAAGCUUUUAUUCUGCAGGUGAGACUCUGAAUGCUCCUGGCUUUUUACUUGAUCAAUGAACAUUUUAAAGUGUGUGUGUGUGUGUGUGUGUGUGUGUGUGUGUGUGUUAUCAGGGUGGGGGGGUGCGGGUGGAUGUGAAUACCGCAGCGGUGUGAGUCAGAUCGGUACCUGUGUGUCAGACUGUGGAGUUUGUACAGCGCUAACGCGACUCUUUGCUUUGACUUUUAGACGUGAUGUAAUUAAAGAGCUUUGAGAGUU